AUGGGUUCUUCAGAAAUCCAAGCAGAGGGAUCUGAAAGGCAUAGGGGGACGGGAAAGCUCCGGCGCCUCUGGAGAAUCCGUCAAGAAUGGAAACUUUUGGGGUUCUUUGAGAUCAACUGUGGCCAUGAAUUCUACGACUUUACGUGCAUGCUGAAAGAGGGCCUUAAGGCUGCGGUUCAAGAGGCUAUGGAUAAUCCACGGACAGCAGAUAUCCUCAACGAGGCAGAUUUUACUGCAGUGCUUAAACAGGCCCACAAGGGCUUUGAGAUGCGGACGUAUGCUGGCCCUGCUUUUUCCAGAUUCAGGGAUUUCCUUGGCAUGGUGGACAGCGAUUACCAGCAGUCUCUCAGUUGCGAAAGUGCGUACCUGCAGUUCAUCACCAACUCAAAGAGCACUGCUAACUUUUUUCUCACCAACGAUAAGCGUUUUUUCCUGAAGACGCAGAGCAAGCGAGAAAUCCGUUUCCUCCUCUCAAACCUGGCCAAAUACUUUGAGCACCUGGAGCGAUACCCCCACUCCUUUCUUGUCAAAUUCCUCGGAGUCCACAGUAUAAUUGUUCCUCAAGAGAAGAAGAAAUACUUCAUCAUCAUGCAAAGUGUCUUUUACCCUCACGAGAGGAUUGUUGAGCGGUAUGAUAUUAAGGGCUGUCAACUUGAUCGCUGGGUAGAAGCUUCCCUGGAGGAGGGCAGUCAUAUAAUCAUGGUUUUUAAGGAUCUCAACUUUGAAGGAAAGACCAUCUGCCUUGAUGAGCAGCGUGCCUGGUUUAUGCAUCAAGUGGAGCUGGACACACAGUUCCUAAAACAGCUAGAUGUGAUGGAUUACAGCCUCCUGGUGGCAUUUCAGCCCCUCCAUGAGGACGAGCAGGCCAUAAACCGGACCCUGGCUAACAUCAUUGCCAGGACGAAAAGGUCGCUCAACCCUCACAGCUCCCUUCUGCAUGGAGGCACAGAACCCACCGAUCUGGCUUGCUUGUCUUCAGUUAUGCAAUAUACCUCCAGCGCUGACCAGAUUAGUAAUUACACUGGAAGCAGCUUACACGAGUUUCUGGCAUAUUACAUGUUGCAGAAAUCCAACUUUGACUUGCAUGCGGGGAUUGCUGACCACAACGAUUUCUUCCAGGAGGCCCUGAUAACUUACCUGUCACAGGCAAGUAGCUGUGAACAGCUGCCCAAGACUCUCUCUGGAAUGGAGGGCAGCCUUACAAACAUCGCCGACUCCUGCCUCCGCAUGACUCAGAACAGACGCCUCCUGCCUGAUUCCAGGAAUCCCUUGCACGUGAUCGACGGGCCUGAAUUUCGCUACUUUGUGGGUAUCAUUGAUCUCUUCACAGUGUACGGCUUCCGCAAGAAGUUGGAGCAUCUUUGGAAAAGCAUCCGGUAUCGAGGACGGUCUUUUUCCACCGUUAGCCCCUCUCACUAUGCCAGGAGGCUUUGCCAGUGGGUAGAAGAACACACCACAUGAGUGCAGGUGGGGUGGCGGAGAGAGGGACAGCAUCCUUUGUCGUUCUUCCAAGUUCUCUCCCAGCUCCUCCGGAAGUCAAAGCUAUGGUGGCAACUUUUUGGCCCUAGAUACGACAUCUUGAGGAACUCUUCUGCUCUUCUGGCCGCUGGCUGCGCCGAGAAAUUCAGCCUCAGAGAGCACAGAACUUUCCCGCAAAUAUUUGGUGGUGAUGGUGGUGGUGUUUGUUGAAUGUGUGUGUGUGUGCAACUGGGUCCCUCUGCAACAGCUGUGGGUUUGAAUCCUGGACAGUGGAAUCAGCAGUGAUAAAACUUAGGGUGAUCCCACAAAAACCUCUGGAUUGAAGUAAAAUUAAGGUCAAGCAAGAAGAAACAGCGAACUGACUCAGAUAAGAGAAGCUACAGGAAGGUCCUUGAAUGUUCUCAACUUCACUUUUGAAUUGGUAAAUAGCAGCUGUGGGCUGGGUGGGGCUGAGUUGGAUCAGGGCUGUGCCAUGAUGGGAAAGGGGAAUUAGGCCUUCCCCAUUUGUGCUACUUUCCUGUGCCUACCACCACCACCCGGAGCUGCCAUUUGCCUCAGAGGUUGAGGUGAUUAUGCAGUUUGCCUAUAUGUUUCCUUGUAAUGGAGAUAAUGGAGACCUGUCCAAGAGGUUUGUUUAAGUUCCUGAAAAUGGUACGGGGACCCGUGGAGUUGUCCCCAAUCUACCUCAGGCCCUUCCUACAUCUGCUGUUUACCAAUAAAAACUGCUCAGGGUAUCAAUUCACAUGUAG